UUCUCAGCUUCUCAUAAGCAGAUUGUAACCACGAACGCUUUCAAAGAUGUCGAGACAAAAAAUUAUUCAUGGAAAUAGUAUUAGUAACUUUUGAGUUGUUUAAAGAGUUGGAAGCAAAGAAUAUGUAAAUGUUGUGAAAAAGGGGUUGUUAAAUUUCAAGUUUAAGGAGAACCAGAGAAUUAUGAUGGCAACGUCGGUGGCGGAAUCUUAUCCAAAGUGGUUGUCAGAUUGCAAGAGUGAACUCUCAAAAUCGCAGGAAUGGAAGGAGCUAAGAGAAGAGUUGGAAUCAGCAAUUGAACAACAGCUGACAGAGAGUCAUGUUGAUCAGUUUUCUAAUCUGUCUCAUGCUGAGAGAAAGAUGUUUCUAGAAAGAGCUCUCAGAGCAGUGAAAAGUGGAGAUCAAUGUGAAAGGUUCAAUGACACUCUCAACCAAUCAAUCAACAAGCAUGUCAAUUCCCAUGUUGCACAUCAGCUGUUAGACAAGAGUGGAUUUAAGCCGAUAGCAACCAAAUCAGAUCUGAUCUUAGACCAGGCUAACGAAGCUUCAAUGGCACUCCUAGCAAGAUGGCCAGAACUUAAGACCAAACUGCAUAGAUGUUUCAACAGGGUUUUACCAUCUGGUCUAAGGCAGCUUACAUGGAAGUUAUUUUUAUCAAACCCAACUGUGAAGUCCAAAUAUCUUACUAGACUAGAAAGAGAUCCUGAGAGUACCAUGUCAGUCUUAGACCUUGAUGUUGUUCAAAAAUGUGAAGCUCUUCUGCAGUCGGAACCAACCUUCAAAUUACUGGCUUUUAAUUCAGAUAUUCUCCACGCGAUGAAAGCAGUGCUCUCCUACCACCACGCCUGCAAGCAAACCCGCACCCCUCUCCUUGACACCGACUACCUCCUUGUGGUGCCGUUCCUGGUCAAUGCCUUGAUGAUCCAAGGCCACAGGAUCCCUGGAGAGUCUGGAACUCUCACUGGACCAGGAACAGAUCAUCUCAUCACCAGGGAGAGUCUAGGAACUCUGGUGGAACAGUACUCUACCCUGAUGGCAGCCAGGCCAGCCUAUAUGAAGGAAUCCUACAAUCAGGAUUUCAAGGAAGGGAUGAGGCAGUGUAUGGCCAAGGUUUCUGGUACCUUAGAAGUAUUAGAUAAUGGAUUAGCCAGCCAUCUCAAAAAAGUACUCAAUAAAGAAGCCAAGAAGCUCCCCCUUUCAGAAAGCAUCAAGCAAGUGACCAGACCUAUGAUAAGAGCCAUGUUUAUUGGCUAUCUCUCCCUUGACACUGUUAUGUAUGUAUGGGACCAGCAUGUAAUUGGGUUAGAUGCUCCAGAGUUUGACAUCAUUCCGGCCAUUGCUGUUCUUAUCUUCAUCUAUCUCAAGAAGCAACUCUUGUCGUGCAACUCGGUAUCUGAAGUUUCAGCCAUUUUGAAAUCGGAAGCUGUCAAACUAAAGAGAGAGCAACUCAUGCAUGGGAUCAAUAAACACUUUCAUAAGGAGUUAUAUAGCCUGCUGAUCAAAGAUUCUGGAAUGCCGGUCUUAGACCCAACACAAAUGCCUAUGCCUUGGCAAGAUUGGCACAAUGAAGACCUGCCCCCUGUCAUCAGAGCUGAAGACAGACAGAUCUCAAGACAACGAAGAAGAGAAGAAGAGCUAAGAGAGAUGAAUCUUAAGAAGGAACUACAUGAUCAAAGACUUCUUGAUGAAGACCUUCGUAAGCAACAAGCCAGGAUCCGUUGGCAACAACAAUUGACCGAUGCUGAGAAAGCCUACUCAGCGAGAGAAGCGGAGCUCCUCAAACUAUUGGAGGAAGAGAAGAGAAAGAGAGUAGAAGCAGCAAAGAGAGCUGAGAGAGAUAUUGACAGACUGGCUAAGGAGAUUGAGAAACUUAAGAGGGGUCAAGGUCCGAAGCCAGGACCGAGCGUUGAGCCGCUACCUCCAUCGAGGGUAGGCAAGGACCUACUGAAUGGUGUCAUGAAAGCAGCGAAUAAAUUGGUAGCUGGUAGCAGUGGCCAUGGGAGAUAGGAAUUAAUCAGGACUAUGGGACACAUCAGGGGCCUGUAACACAAGUAUUGGAAAGAUUGUAAAACAAUGAUUGAUCAUAUGGUUGAUUGGUACACUCGAUUACAUAUAAUCAAUCAAUGUAAUAAAGCAUAAAAUCAGCCAUGCAAUUCCUAAACUUCAUGUAACAACACAUAGGUACUAUUUCAUGAGGACUUUUAUCUGUUACAAGCUACCAUUCACCGUGAUUUUCAUGGAAAUCCUUUGUUUUGCUUUGUUUUCUUCCUAAUUAGGACAGACUGCGGUUGGCAUACUGUUGUACUAGUUUGUGCUUGCCAGGUGCCUGGAUGUAUAGAUUCGGUGAAGAUCUCUCUGUAAUUAAGUAUAAUAGACAUGUGCAGGUAUAAAAUGAAGAAACAACAUUUUACAAAGCCUCCUUCACUUCCUGCUUUGGCUGAAAAGCGCUCGCACUAGGGUGAUUAUCUGUGAAUGACAGAUUUUCAAUAAUGUCAACCUUUACCAAAUAAUUUUGGUGAUCCACUCCUGAAAUUUAGGUUGAUAACCUUUUUAUUUUGGACUUGUCAAAUUUUUUACCUGUGUCCAUCCCAAAAUUUCAGGUGGACCCCCCAUAAUUUUUUGGGCUUCCGCCGCCAAUGCCUUUAUGAAUAUGUGGCUACAAUGUCCAAGAACAACCACCAAGCUCAGCCAUCUGUUACUAACCCACGCAAAUGAGACUGUCUGUGUACAAAAGAGUGGCAUGGGAAUGCUGGGCAUCCAACCAUUCUGCAUUCUGAGAAAAAAAGAAUUUGAAUUAUGUUGGGACCAUUCAUAGCUCUGGUUUUAGUGGAUUUCUCCCUUUUUCUUGAUAAUUUUGAGUCAU